AUGACAUUAAUAAAUAAAGUUAUUAUCGUAUUCUUUACUAUUAUUUGGGGGAGUUUACGAAACUCUGGAAGUUUAAGGUAUGAUAAUCUUAAAUAUUUGGUUUUUAUUAAUUUAUCACAUCCUAAUAACCAUACUGAUAAUAUUACAAAUACUACAAAUAUUAAUAAUAUUGCAAGUGAUGCAGAUAUUAAGAAUAUUACAAUUACACAUUCAGAUAUUAAGAACACUACUAGUACUAGAGAUAAUAAGAAUAUCACAAAUACACAUUCAGAUAAAGUGUUGAAGAACCAAAUCUCAGAUUUAUAUAAGUACAUUUCUGAAGUUUUAAAUAAUCGAAAUAUAACAUAUGGUUCACUAACAACAAACUGUUUAAAAGUUUUCCCGAGUUUGAUUCCCAUAUUUAAAAAAAUAGCUUUUAUGUAUCAUUUUGAAACAUUAUCUAAUAAUAUUUAUAAAGAAGUUUUAUCCAGAAAUAUUUUAUCACCAAAUACAAAGAUAAUUCCAUCUAAUUUGACAAGUUUAACUUUAAUAUUAAAUGAUGAAAUUAAUAGUACAGUUGAUAUUUUUAAUAUUACUACUGGAAUAAGUAAUCUCAAUAUGUUCCCUUAUUCUAGAACAUAUAACUUAGCUAAUGCAUUAGCAUCAUUUUCUAAAGAUAGUUCAAGUUUGAUUCUGGAAGUGGAAAGUCUAAAAGAUUUAGUUCCUAAAAUUUUCUUUGGUAAUCAUACUAAUGUUAUUUUACAUCCUUUUAAUUGUCUCUGUAAUAUAAUUUCUGAUACACAAUCAGGGUUAAAUUUACCUCAAGUUCCCUUAAAUAAAUGCCUUGAAGUAAUUGAAUCAAUUAAUAACUUGAGGGAAUCUAGUAAUUCUACAUUUUUUGAUUUAACUCCUGCAUCGUUAGGAACUUUUAAGUCAAAACUGUCAAUCCCAGACGAAUAUGUAAGUGAAUCUAAAUCACUAGAAUGGAGAAAUUCAAAGGUAAUUGGUCAAACUUCUAAUAUUAAUUCAACUGACUUACCAAUUCCUCUUGAUGGAACUAUUCAAAAAAAGAAGAUUCUCUAUACAACAGUUAGAUUAGGUCGAGAAUUAUUAAUGGAACACAUAUCGGCUACUUCAUUGCAUAAAGAACAAACUUACUAUGAUAGUAGAGAUAUCGCUACAGGAUACUCAUGUGUUUAUACUCCAUAUAAUCAGGGAGAAUGUGGCGGUUGUUAUGCAUUUGUUGCAGUAUCUACAAUUAAUACUGCAACAUGUGUUCAAACAGGAUUACUUAUUGCUUCUUUAUCACCACAACAAAUUAUAGAUUGUAGUGGCCAAUAUGGUAAUGAAGGAUGUGAUGGUGGUUUUUAUGCAAACUCAUGGAGUUAUGCUUUAUCAUCAAAUUCUUCUCCAAAUAGUAUUUGUAGUUGGGAUAAUUAUCCAUAUGAUGAUAAUGUAGGAACUUGUACUGCAAGUCAAUGUACUGGAUGUGAAACAGUUGGAUCAUAUGAGAUAUUCUCAUCAUAUAGUAUUAAUGGUACUGAUGGAUGGGAUUUUGUAACAAGUAUGUUACCUAGAUAUGGAGUUAUUGCUGUGAGUGUUAACUCGCAAUUACCAGGAUUUCAUGAAUAUUCAGGUGGAAUAUAUAAGGCUCCUAAGUGCUCAUCUAGAGAGGAAUUAGAUCAUGCAGUUUUAUUAAUAGGAUAUGGCAUUAGUGAUCAAGGAGAAAAAUAUUAUGUUAUGCAAAAUAGUUGGGGAAUUACUUGGGGAAUUGAAGGUUUUAUGAAUGUAUCUGCUGAUAGUUGUGAUAUGUUCUGGCUCCCAGGAAUUAUAAACCAAUUUCCAUCUGAUUCAAUUAAUACAUGUCCAGGAAAUCCUUCUCUGCUCAUUGGACCUAAUUAUGCAGCACCUGUUAUAAUUAACACUUCUAAUGCUAUUUCUCAAAAACCAAGAAUAUCCAUUCUUACAAUCAUAUUAGCAUCUAUAUCUUAUUGGAUACUUCAUUGA